UUACUCCGAAUCCCAACGUUCCGAGAAAAGCUGGGGACCGGGGAGGAGACAGCUCAAAAUAUUGAUCACCUGACUAGUUUUCUGAGAAUGCUCCUUUAGCUUCGACCGAGCAAACAGUGACGUGGCUUCGAUAACUUGCUAUCACAAAUCCUAAAAACUCAGCUUAGACCGACGAAAAGAAUGGACCAGUUUCAGGUUGGGGAAACACUCUUGAUGACUCAGAGAAAGCUUGGAGAAGGUGCCUUUGGUGUGGUGUAUCAAGUCAAAGACCAAGCUAGCUCGAAAGUGUUCGCCCUGAAAGACAUUCGUUGUGAAAACGAAAGCGCUCUUGAUAAUGCUGUUAGCGAGGCUGAGAAUCUCUACAAAGUAGUCAGCCACAAGAACAUUAUCACCAUCCAGGGCGUGGACACGUAUAAAGAAAAGUCUGGGUCAAGGCACUUUUUGAUUUUAACCGAGCUGUGUGCCGGAGGAAACCUAAACGAGCGCUUGACGCAACCAAGUAGCGACCAGAUGAAUCUAAAGUGGAUGAGUCAAAUUGCAGAUGCUCUGAGUUACCUUCACUCCAAAGGCAUAGUCCACCGUGAUCUAAAACCAGAAAAUGUGCUGCUUACAAACAAACAAAAUGUUAAAAUGGCUGAUUUUGGUCUGGCACGAGAGUACGUUGCACUCAAGCGCGCGGAUCCCGUGAACGAGUGGUUGACAUUCUACAAGCAGUACUACAUGAACACAUUUGCCGGAUCACCGCCCUGGAUGGCUCCUGAGGUAUUCCGCGGCCACUACACUCAAAAGGCGGACGUUUUUUCGCUUGGCGUGAUCUUCUUUGCAAUCCUGGAAAGGGAUUACGACACUUUCCAAGGAAAGCGGUAUUAUGGUGCCUUUGCCCAACUCAAAUGGGAAGGGAAAGUUGGUCUGGGGUACGCCAUGACAAGAAAUAAAUAUGCCGAAGUCGAGUUUUCGCUUGCCACCCAAGGAUCAACUUCCCAACGAAGAGUCACUCUUGAUGCCUUAUCGUACAGCGCAGACGACAGGCCAACCGCAAAGGAAGUCUAUGAAAGAAUCCAACCUAACCAAGCAAGUGUAAGGCUGAAAGCAAAUACGGAACAAGCGUCUGGCGGGUGUUGUUAGAUCGCAGGGCAAAAAUAUAUUUUCAUGAUUUAUGUUUAUAUUUAUCCAGCCAGCAGACAGACUUUCUUUAAUUAAUAUUCAAAAGUUCACAUUUUUCAGCUUACAGUUUUCAAAUUGACUUACAUUGACAUCUUGAGUUUAUUCCCAGUAAUAUUGCAAACAAUCUCAAAUUGAACUGACCUGUUGUCCUUGCGUUUUCCAUGUAACCAAUUUGCAUUUCCUAUUAAGUUCCGCGUCAUGUUGACCCCAUAUUUAGAA